UUUUGUACUGUUGCAGUUUCAUUUUUACAUCUUAACAAUCAAGAUUCCAGGUAUGAGGAAUGAAUAGAGGUAAUUGGGUACAGACAACACUGAAAUUUCCAACUAAAAGAAAAGCUGAUUCAGAUUUAGAUGAAAUAGAACCAAAAAUGUCAAGAAAGAGUUAUGCUAAUGUUGCUAGAACAGGAGCAGGAUCAACAUCAUAUCAAAAUGAAAGCUCGGAUACGAAAAGACUAUCUCAAAACUCAUCAUCCCAAGGAUCGUCAGGGUUGCAAGUAGCAUUUCACUCAAGUGGGAGAUCUAAUAAUUCUUAUGAAGAUACUCGCUCAUUGGACAAAAAUGAUUCAGGGCAGUCUUCACAAAAUAAACUCAGUGAUAACCACUCACAACGUGCUUCCACUUCAUACAAUAAACAAAGAAAAUCUGACACAGAAGAUGACGCUAAAGACAUUCAAUUUAUAAGUGCAGCUUCUUCAAGAGGAGCAUCAAGUCAAAGACAAGCUGAACAUUGUUCAGGAAAAGAUACUUUUGAUAAUACUUAUAAACCAAAGUCUUAUGUUGACAAAGAUGAUGAUUCAAAUCAUAGUCCAGCUUCAUCAGAAGAUUAUAAAGCAAAGAAUAAACUGGAACUAUUCCAGAUGAAAGGAAUACAAAUUUAUUCUGAACAUUUGCCUGAAUUAAAGGGAAGUGAAUCCCAUACAGUCUUGUUCAAAUUUUCACAAGAAGGAAAACGUAAAAUUAUCUACCCUGAAAGAAAAGAGGAUUUCAUUUUUGAAGACCAUGCUUAUUUACCCAAUUCUUCAAAAGAAAAAUUUGAAAAAAGUGAACCCCCAAGAUGGAGGAGAAUUGUUGUAGCAUUGAAAAAAAAAAUAUCUGGUGUCUUUGAGUUAGAGGAGGCUAUGUUGUUUUACAACGAACAGUACUCUAAAAUUUGGAAAUUUGAUGCUUUAUACAGAUAUUUUCUGGAGAUGAAGGAGGAAAAAAGAGACACAUUUUUUGAGGAGGUUCUUCCAAAGAUACAAAAUUUAGCAUUGAGGUUACCUGAGUUGUUUAAAAAGUCAGUCCCACUGUUGAAACAAAGACAGAGUAGGAAAAUCACCAUGAGUCAAGAACAGGCUGCCUGUCUACUGGCCAAUGCUUUCUUCUGUACAUUCCCCAAGAGGAGUUUUAAAGUACGAGGUAGCAAAAUGCCAGAUAUCAACUUCAGCAAUUUGUACAGUGAUAAACAUGCAGACAGGAAGCAGCAGAAACUCAAGUGUAUUUUCAACUACUUUGAAAGAGUAACCACAGAAAUGCCAGCGGGGACCUUGACCUUCACACGGCAAAGUUUCAUGAACUUUGAAGACCUGCCUGACUGGGAAAACUCCAAGCAGCUGUUCAGUGAUUUGUUUGUGUCUGAUGAGAACACUAUAGAGGAUGAUGGGAAAUACAUGCUGCAGGCUGACUUUGCCAACAAGUAUGUGGGUGGCGGGGUGCUGGGUCACGGUCUGGUGCAAGAAGAGAUUAGGUUCAUGUUGUGUCCAGAAAUGAUUGUAGCACGUUUGUUUACUGAGUGUCUACUGGACACAGAGGUUCUUAUCAUGACAGGUUGUGAGAGAUUCAGCUCAUACACAGGUUACUCUGAUACUUUCAAGUUCAAAGAGCCAUACAUUGAUGACAUGGAGAGAGACAACUGGGAACGGCGUUACACUGAGGUGGUUGCUAUGGAUGCUCUGGUUAUAAAGAUUUACAAAGAACAGUUUGAGAAAUGGCAAUUAAAUAGAGAACUUAACAAGGCUUACUGUGCAUUCAAUGGUAAAUAUAAGGAAGACGAAUAUCAUAGAAGAAACCUUGACCUUCCUGCUGUGUGUACUGGCAACUGGGGCUGUGGAGCUUUUGGUGGUGACAAACAGUUAAAAGCUUUGAUACAGCUUAUGGCUGCAGCCGCUGCACAACGAGAUGUUUGUUACUUUACAUUUGGUGACAAAGAGUUGAGUAGUCAGUUGAGGGAGAUACAUCAGGUUUUACAACGCAAAAAACUUCAAGUCAAAAAUAUCAUAGAACUUAUUAAGCAUCAUCACAAAGAAAAUUUGAGUUACUCAAGUAAGUCCAAUAAAAGUUUGUUUGAGUACAUAUUACAGUUUUCUCGUUAACUGUUGUAUCAUAUCAGUAGGAAGCUUUGUAAACUAGCCAGAAACUAUUUCUCAAUGUUUAAAUACUGAUGUGCACAUGAUUCUGUUUUUUUUUAAUUAUAUUAUACUACAGUACUGUACCAUUCAUCUUUUACUUCCACAAUGGAGGGGGGGGUGUUUGAAGGGGAGGUCAAUAUAGACAACCAUAUGGUAUAAAUUAAUAAACUUAUAUGGAACUGCAACAAGUGCAGACAUGCCUACCGUCCCGCCAAAAUCGGAACCGUCCCGCUUUUUCACCUAAAAAAGUAAUUUGUUCCGUCAUCCCGAAAUCGACUCAGUUGGUUCCGAUUUUUUUUUUAAAUUUAAUAAAGAAAGGAAAUAAAGUAAAUUGAAAAAAUGUCAGGAAAAAGCGAUUAUCUCCCUUUGGCACCCGUUUCUGUUUCCUAGUUUACUUACAAUAUUUACAAGUAUCAUCUUAAUGCUAGAUCUAGUUAGUAGUAUAUCUACUACUACUAGAUCUAGAAUUGUAACUAGAUCUACUAGUAGAUACUGAAAUAGUGAAUACUGAUCUAUCUUGUAAGUUUAACUUAACUAGUAACUACUAUUAUGAAGAACUUAGUAAGAAGUAACUAGGAGUUUACUAGGUAGAUCAAGUGUCUUUGCUCGUAACUUUACAUAUGAUGAAGCCUUCAGCAUUUGUUAUUCAUAUAGCCUAGAACAUAGCAAGACACAAAUAAUCAAAUCAAUAAUGUUAUG